GAAAUCGCUCGAAUCUGUGAGCAGGCUACCAGCGCGCUGGAGUUUUACGCAGACAAGGUUACGAAAUCCGGCAUCUCUGCCCCUCAGAACAACUCCUCUUCCACCACCGGUUCCCAUCCUCCGAAUCUAGACCUAACCAGUCCUACCCUGUCGACAACAUCGGACAGCCGUGCAAACAAGAACCAAGUCUUGGCUACCGGGACUGAUCUGCUCUCAGAUGAUCUUUUUCAGCUGGACCUAUCAGACACGAAUUCGGCGAUGGACUCGACAGUCAAACCAUCCAUCAGUUUGUCCUCAUCCGGUGAAAAUCCUCAGUCAAAACACACACGUGGGAAAUACGAAGAGUUGGAAGAUAUAUUCUCCAAUCUGACAAACAUCACACCGGUUGCUGUUCCCACAGCGUUUCAAGCCACUCCAAUCGUGUCAGCCACUGUGCCCGCGGUAGGUAGCACACCAUCUCAACCGAUGCAACAACAACAGCAACCGUGCUACCAGUCAUCUGUACUCCUCUCUUCCGGGUCAGUCACCACAGGCGCCUUUUCAGAAAGUUCCACUAAAACCAAACUUUUCGACGAACUGGACAGCUUGGGUAGACAGAUUUUCGGAUUGGACAACGGCGUCACGACUGGAAAGCCGACCCAAACCCCGGACUCUGAUAAACGACCCAGUGUGAAUGUUUCACCCAGUCGCGUGGCUCCACUUCUUCCCGAACAGUCCGUCGUGAAUGGUUCAACUGACCCCGCGAACACAACGACUCCCGUGAAUUCCCAGACAGCACCAACUCAAUGUUCACCCUCGCGCCCAUCUACGAGCAGCGUCGAUCUAUCCAGUCUGGAUGUUCAACUAUCUGCAAUCGAACCGCACCCACGGAUACGUGAUCCCCACCCCCUCUAUCCACUGAACACGACAGACGAGACUGCCCCUGGUGUACGACUGCACCUGCAUUACGCGGUCAAUCGACCAGCUCCGGAUGUGUCCGUGUUCGUUGCAGUUGUGACAAAUCGUAGCACUCUUCCGGUAUCGGAAUUGUUGAUGCGGUUUGGGGUAAAUAAGCCCUUACAAUUGCGACAUCUGACAGCGUCGGGACAAAGUUUGUCUGCCUAUUCACCGUUUCUGCCGACGGGUGCCAUCAAUCAAGUGAUUCUGAUCUAUGAUCCUGUCCACAACCCCACAUUCAAUCUGAAAUUUCAACUCUCGUUCAAUUUGGGCGACGAAGCAAUUCUAGAAUCAGGAUCAUUGUCCAUUCCCAGUGCCUGA